AUGAUGAACGCAACCCUUGAUUUCACGACAUUUCACAAUGUCAUCAACAACGAAUUGACUUCCACGGCCACUUCCCGUCACGGAAUCAACCCAGCGACCUCUGAGCCUAAUCCGGAAGUGCCUGUCUCGACCCAGGAAGACCUCGACCGUGCCGUGAAAGCAGCCCGCGAAGCUUUCAAAAGGUGGUCCACAACAAGUUUCGCUGAGCGCCGUGCCGCUUUAGCGGCCUACGCCGAUGCCAUCGAGGCUAACGCGGCUCUGUUCGCCCAGACCUUAACCAUGGAGCAGGGAAAGCCGCUCAGCCAGUCUGCCACAGAGGUAGGCAUGGCGAGCACAUGGGUCAGAGGCCUCAGCGCAAUCGAGAUACCGGAGACUGUAAUUGAGGAGUCCGAAGACAAGAAGAUUAUUCAGCGGUACACCCCUAUCGGUGUCGCUGGAAAAAUUGUGCCGGCCGUAUACACUGGAAAUACCGUCAUUGUGAAGCCAUCGCCAUUCACCCCUUACUGUGGCCUGAAGUUGGUUGAGCUCGCAACGAAGUUCUUCCCGCCUGGCGUGGUCCAAUGCCUGAGUGGAGAUGAUACUUUGGGCCCUAUGAUCACCGAGCACCCGGGUAUCGACAAGAUCUCGUUCACAGGAUCUAUUCUGACUGGCAAACGGGUCAUGGCAAGUUGCGCCAAGACGCUCAAGCGAGUCACCUUAGAGCUUGGAGGGAAUGACCCGGCCAUUGUGUGCGACGAUGUGGACGUGGAUGCAAUUGUCCCACAGAUUGGGAUUUUGUCGUAUCUAUGCAGUGCGCAGAUUUGCAUGAUGAUCAAACGGCUCUAUGUCCACGAGAAGAUCUAUGAUGAAUUUUUGGAGAAACUGGUCAGCUUCGUCAAAACACUGAAGGUCGGAAACGGGAUGGAGGCCGACACCUUCUUUGGCCCAGUGCAGAAUAAGGUGCAGUUCGAAAAAGCAAAGGAUCUAUUCGACACCAUUGCAUCCGACAACCUCAAGACCGCACUCGGCGGACCGAUUGACGACACCACGUCCAGCGGGUACUUCAUCCACCCGACCAUCAUUGAUAACCCGCCCGAGAACUCACGAGUGGUUCAAGAAGAGCCCUUUGCGCCAAUCCUCCCCGUCCUGAAAUGGUCUGAUGAGGCGGAUGUCAUUGAGCGGGCCAAUGCCCACGAGACUGGCCUGGCCUCGUCGGUUUGGAGCAAAGAUAUGGACCGAGCAACGCGGAUCGCGCGCCAGAUGCAGUCUGGUAGCGUUUGGGUGAACUCCCACUUCCAGGUUUCCCCGAAUGCGCCAUUUGGUGGACACAAGCAGAGUGGAAUUGGUUCUGAAUGGGGACUGACAGGUCUUUUAGGGUAUUGCAACACUCAGAUGCUAUGGCUCCACAAGGCCUAG